UCCUUCUUUGUUUCCUUCCAACAUGUUCGACUACUUGUACAUAAAGAAGUUGGUAUUAUUAUUUUUUUUCUCUUUUUUUUCUUUUUUCCCCUUUAUAUAUCUCUAUUUUCUCAAUCUUUGCAAAAAAUUUAUAGAGAAGUAAAUUUACACAAAGUAAUAGGAUGAAGAAGGAGAGUACCACGGAAUCGGUAAGAACGGGAUAUUGGUGCGGUUCAAUUAGAAAAUAGUGUUCACAAAGAUUGAACUCUGUUUAUUUGAUUGAGCCGUGCCAAUAUCACGUUCUAAUUUCUCAUAGUCAAAUGACUUUGAUCCUUAGGUGAUGUUAUGUUCUUUUCAUAUUUGUAAGAUUAGAUUACAAAAUUUUCAAUUUUUUAACCCUGAAUUUUUUUUAGCAUAACUAGGAAUGUUUGUUACUCACAAUAUAUCGAGUAGAGAAAUUGCAUUUCAUAUAAUUAGGCAAUUUUUUUUCACACUAUGAAACUUUGAUGAUGAAAUAUCAAUCAAUUGUGUUGAGUGAUGUUUAUAUGUUUUAUGCAAGGAUUGUUUUUGGAAACUAUUGCCUUGGUAAUAAUUAAGAUUAUUUAAUUCAUGUGUGUGUGUGUGUGUGUGUAAUUGAACACAUUAGGCUUAAUCUGAAGAAGGUUGAAUGCCAAAAUCUAAAUUGAUCAGAAGGAAGAAAAAGAAAAUCAUAAAAUUGUUUAAAAAGAUAUUAGUUCAAACCUUUUGUUAGCAUAUACAUUCAUGGUCUUAUAAUUCUAUUUAAAUCAAAAUUGUAAUUUGAGGUAGAAACACACCCUUGCUUCUAAAUCCAUAGAAGUGAUCAGUUUUCUAACUUCAUGAUCCAUAUUUUCUCAAUAGAGAACAAUUUGUAGGGAUAGUAAAGGUAUUUAUUUGCAUGCACAUCGAAUCCACAUUAGGAAAAAAAAGGAACAAAAAUAGUUCUUUUUUUUUGGAGAGAGAGAAUGAAGAAAAGCUAAACUAUAGGAAUAUGUACACUAUUUCCUCGUACAUUCAUCAAAUUGUGUGUGCAUGACAAAAUCAAGAGCUGGAUACACUUGUCAAUAGUACCACAAAUUUACAUUUCACUGUAAGUUGCAUAAAUCUACAAAGCUAUAUACAGCUACAAAGGAACCUGAACCAAAAUCACCCACCAAACUGUUUGUCAACAUCAUCUUUGCUUGAUCUAGAUCUACGCUGAAAUCAUUGAAGCGUGACGGCCUCUCCGCAUAAUGAAAUCAUGUCAUCAAGCUCUCAGAGGGCAGCAUGCGGCUUGAUGAAGGAUCAAAAAAUUUCAGCACUGCAUUUGUUUUCAAAGCUGCAGUCCUAGGUCCGGUUGCUGAGAGUCCGUAAUAAUUCUUGAAGAAGACCGAGCAAGAAAUCCGAGGGGUUGGAAGUUCAAAUCUGGUCUAUGCGCGUCUUUCUGCCCUAGGUAUGCUGAACCCAAGCCUGCCGAGGAGAUUGUAACCUUGAAGAGGUUCUUGUUUAAUAUGUUUGGUUUCUUCAUGAAGCCAGGUGUUGAAGAUCAUUGCGUCGUUCGUUCGUUUGGUGCAUUUGGCUUGUCGAGAGGCUUUACCGACGAGGUCACGCACCUUAUAGGGUCACUGAUGGCCUGCCUCAACCAAGCCAAGUGUUGUACUCCAAUGUGGCGACUGGGAACCUCCAAUGGAGCAUUCUGUCUACUAUAUAUUGCAGCUCCUCCAGUUACUCGACAUCCAGUAGUUGUCGUCAAGUUAUCAUUCCCUCUUUGUGAUGCAACUUCUCGCAAUCAAGGUGACUUGCUGGAAGCUGAUGAGCAAUGGCGAUCACAACCAAGGGGAGGCCGGAAAAGAGAGGAUUUUGCAGUCGAAAUGCUUAUGCGGAAGAGAUAUGCUCCGCUUAGUCAAGAUUCUGCUAUCAGUGAUGGAGCCAACGACUUGAGAUGGUUGCUUUCUGAUGCUCAGUAGAUACUAGCCCCUGAAGUUGGAAAAGAAUAUAUAGAUAUGUGUAUAUACAUAUUUUUAUAAGUUCAACUUGUUUUAGAUUUUAUGACUUGCCAACGUAUAUCAAUUUGUUAGUACUAUGAUAGCAUCUUUUGUAUUCAGAAGCAAUGUUGGUUGAAGCAGUUUAUGAACUUAAAUCAAGCAAUGGUAAU